UUGCGGCAUGGUCAUAAUCUUGAGAACGCUUUACUAGCAGAAGUACGAUCUUUGGGAGUCUAUUUGUAAAUAUCGUUUAUCAUAAUAUGGUUAUUCAGAGUGCUGUAAUGAAUUACGGAGAAUUAUGGCUGGUACUGAUGGGAUUAGUGCUAAUAGGUGGAACAGUGGGUCAGGAUGGAGGUGUAGUGGAAAUAAUGUCAGAAAACCCACUUGUAGUACCUGGUAAAAGCAGUACCAGGAUUCAGUGUACAGCAAGAGGGGUAGGAAAUGAAGGAGCAAAUUUAAGGUGGUAUGGCCCUGAUGGAAAUGCCAUUGGUACAAACUUAUUAGAUAGGGUAUAUACUCUAAGUUACGCAGCAGGCUCCCUGUCAGUUAUCAUCACAAAUGUCCUAGAACAGGAUGCUGGGGAAUAUACAUGCAAUGGAACAAUUAAUGGAACACCAAAAACUGCAAAAAUCUCAGUGUCUGUCAACAUGCCCCUUGAAAUUACAGAAGAAAUGGCACCAAGGUCACAGAAAGUUGAAGAAGGCACCCAAGGCUUAAUUAAGUGCACUGCCCCUGGGGGAUACACGAUAGCUUGGAUAAAGGAUGGCAGUCCAAUUGGUCAAGACUCAAAUGGAACUGAUGAACAUCCAAGAUAUUCUCAGGUUUCAGAGGGACUUGAAAUCAAUAAAGUAAAUCGCAGUUUGGAUGAGGGAAUAUUUAUUUGCAAUGUGUAUGGAACUGGAGCUGCUUCAUCAAAAAUUGAAUUUAUUAACAUACAAGUUACAGUGACUGUUCGUCCAAAAAUCACGAGACCUCCAAGUGCAGGACAGGCGGUAGAAGGAGCACAGUACCGGUUUGAAUGCAGAGCAUCAGGAGAACCUUCUCCAGAAUACCAUUGGUUUAAGGAUGAAAGUAGUAAUGAACUUGUGGGGGAUAGGUUUGAGAUUGACAAACAGAACGGAAUAUUGACCAUCAAAGAAUCAAAAAAGGAUGACGAGGGUCUGUACAAAUGUGAGGCUAGGAAUGAAGCUGGAGUGGACAGUGCAACAGCACAGCUAAGGGUCAUUAUACCACCUAAAAUUCGUGAGUUCAAUAAUGGAACAGGGGAAGAAGGUAAAGAUGGCACCUUACGCUGCAAGGCCUAUGGCGAUCCUAUUCCUACCAUCAAGUGGCUUAAAGGAGAUGUUGUGCUUCCUGAUGGAGCACCUACCCAGGAUAUGAAUGAGAAAACAGUAGUUUCAAGAUUGACUAUAUCCCCUCUUACAAAGGAUGAUGGUGGGCAGUACACUUGUGAGGCAGCCACUCAGGGUGCAGAAAGUGACAAAAAACAUGCUUAUCUCAUUGUCAAAUAUAAACCUGCCUUUAAUCCUGGCAUGCCAACCACAGCAUGGACAUGGCAAAAUGCACCUGGAAACCUCACCUGUGAAGUGGAGGGAGAGCCCAGACCUAGAGUGGAAUGGUUUUCAGUUCCCAAUGAAAACGGAGAAAGAACCCCAAUUUCUGAAGGAGGACGCUUUUCCAUAACAAACAAAAAUAAAGGAACAAAUACAGUUAUCAGUACUUUGAGGGUUGUCUAUGAUUUCAGUGUACCAUUAGGAGAAUAUCUUUGUAAAGCCAUAAAUGAUUUAGGAGCCACAAACAGAACAAUUAGACUGAGAAAAGCAGAUCCCCCAGCCUCCCCCUCUGUAUUGGUAGUAGAAGUGACACCAAACACAGCUGACUUUACUGUACAGUUCAGUUCCAUGGCUAAUGCACCACCACCAAAGCGAUUGAAGGUCACCAUUACUAGUUCACCUCCACAAGCUAUGGACCCCCAAUAUUUUGAUGUUGGAGUGGUAAAUGGUAAUCCAAAGGAAGUUAAAGUUGCUCUGACGGGGUUGACACCCAGUACUUCCUAUACCUUUGAGUUUGCAGGAGAGAGUGAUGCUGGUAUAGGGGUAUCUACCACAAAAACAGCAAAUACACCUUCAGCAAGAGAGCCAUAUAAAGUUGUUAUCCAGAAUCCCCUUAGAGAUGGUGAAUAUCCAAAUAAGUACAAUUUGCAAUGGGAAACACCCAAGGAUGGAGGUUCUCCAAUCCAGUCUGUUAGAAUCUGCUAUAGGAGGGUGAAGGUUCGCCCAGAACUGUCACCCACAAAUGAGUACCAGUUUGUGGAGCAGAUCACAGGAUUUGUUUGUAAUGAUGCACAACCGCAGCAGUCCUCCUAUAUGCUCACUAAUUUGGAACCCUCCACACACUAUCAAGUUAAUAUUCAGGCGCGCAAUCAAAAGGGGGAUUCAGAGGACAGCUUUUUCAUCUUUAAAACCAAAAGUCCUCCUUCUUCAGGCUAUGUUGGGAGUAAUUCUGCCUCCCUGUGCCAAAGUCACCUACCUUGGGUUUUUCUAGGGCUGUUAACUGCAUGUAUAUUGGCAACUCUCUAAGGCGUAAGGCAGCAACUAUGAUAACUGAAAAAUGAGUUAUUGACACCAGCGAGAAAAUGACCGGUGAAAUCAAUUGUCAAAAAAUCUAUCAAUCCAGAAAUUAUUGCUGCAUUCCUCAGUGUUUGAUAUUAUGCAACUUUUAUUUACACCAGGAAGCAUGAUUUUGAAAUAACUUGCAGAUGAUAUUCAGUAACAUCAAACAUUUUUUUCCUUAGGAUUAAAAUGGGAACGAUUAUAUAAAUACUCAAUUUUAAUAAGUUGACAAAAAAAAUACAAGCAUAAAACAGAGCUUGUAUGUUCGAAGAACCUGCCAAGGAUCACAAGUCGAGAAAUCCAUUUUGAUAUGUGUAUAAAGAUUUUUGUCAUGUUUGUAGAUCACUUGUACUUUUCUUUUUUGUAUAGCUAUUUUGCUUUUGUUAUUAACUUUGUAAGAGUAGAUUACACAGAGAUAAUCUGUUUGAGAUGUACAAUAUAGGAGUCUUCAGACUGUCUGCCAGUAUUUUUUCUGUAAUGUACUGUAUUUUACGGGUCUCAUAUAUAUAAUACUUAACAUAGAUAGAGGUCAUUCAUUAUCAUUUGAUUAUUUACCAAAUAAGGCUUUUAAUUGGCCUGUUAAUGAUUGUAUUUGACAGAGUUAGGAUAGAAGUAAUGCUGUAAUAAUAUUCUGCCAGGAUAAGGUGGUUAAUAUUUUUAUAAAGAAUGACAAAAGUCGAUGUGAAUAUAGUUUCUAAAAGUGCACAGAAGCAGUAUUAUCAAAAGCGCAUCAUAGAUGUGAAAUGUUUUGGUAAAUUUUUAGUGUUUGGCUUUUAUCUUUUCAGGACAAUUACAUACAUGUAGUACAGUUAUAAGUUUUUAAGGAAAAUUUUAAUGCUUGAAAUAACCAAUAUCAUAAUACUAUUUGUUAUACCUUUAAAAAUUGGUUCUUGUAUAAAUCUGUACCAAAAAAGUCAAACAUUUCCAAUGUUUUACUAAGCGGUUAUUAAAAAAAAAAUCAAUGUUUGACCGCAGAGUGAGAUAUUGGACCAGUCGAUGAGAUAUUGGACCGCUUACGUCACACUGUGGGCGGGAUAAGCUAGUAAAUCUUAUGUGCAUUAGUUCAUAUCAUUGCUGGUCGACAGUGACAGAAUUGAUCGAGUUUUAGUACAUGUACAGGAAAUUUACGUCAUGGAAGCAAGCACAAGAUACAUGAAUGUAAAUAAAAAAAAUAAAAGGUAUAGCAAAACAAUUACUGACUGUUGAGUUAUCGGGCAAAAUGUGUUUUGUCUAGUCCAUGAACCAAACUGUUUGCCUUCGGCCUAACGGCCUGAGGCAAACAGUUUGGUUCUUGGGUCCGACAAAAUGCAUGUUGCCCUCGAACCAAGUCAAUAAAUGUAUAGUGUUGCCAUGGAAUGAAAGAAUAUGACUGCUUGUUAUAUUUUCUGCAUGGUAAAUUUGCACAAAAUUAUGUAUACCAUUUAACCACAUAUAUUGUAAAUUGCAUUAUUAGUGUGUUAUUUUUGUGUAUGUUGGCAUGUGUGUUGUAUGUUGUGUGUUUUUAUGUACAGGUAUUGGAAAAAUCAUUUGACAUUGAAGAUACUCUUAAGCAAAUUUUAACUUAAAUAAUCAUAUAUAGGUAUAGACAUCCACAAAAAAUAAAUAUGCCAGGAAGAAUAUGCUUCUCCAAAAAUGAAUUUAGGCAACAUUGUGGUAGAAGUGAAAGGUUAAGAUAGGCAUAACUAAAGUUCUGUGGUUGUUGACACAUGUAUAUACAUAGUAAUUAAAAGUAUGAGGUAGUUGUGAGCACAAAUCAUUAACUUUGAUGUGAAUUUAUAGCUUAUAAGGGAAUGUGUUCAGGUUGUAUUCUUUAUAUAUAGAGAGUGAUUGUUUUAUAGAUCAUCAUGAGUAAAUAGUUAUACAGGGACUGUACAGAUACUGGUGUUGUGAUGGUGUUAGAAGUUAUAUAUUACUGCAGUAAACUUAAUUGUUGUAGGAUGCAUGCAUUCAAAUGACUGAAUAAGGAGAGAUUUCCUUGUACAGUAUUAUUGCACUGUACUGAACGUAAAAGUAGGAUGUUAAAAGAAACACUAAAAGAUAAAAGAGACAAAAAUUCUACAGAAAUAUGAAUAUAUAGUUUUAGACAUUCUUAGAGUUAUAAAUACAUCACAAUAUAUUAAAAGUCACUAAAACUAGGUGUAAGACUCAAAAUGGUGAAGACAGGAAUUCUGUUGUUGAUUAGAUUUUAGGAGUCAUUUAAGGUGUUUGUACAGGUGACUGAUAAAACAUUCCAAAUUAGGAAAGGGAGGUGGUAUUUUGAGCAAAAAAGAAGAUAAAUCUUGUUAAGUCAAGUACUGCACCCAGGAAUAGGAAAUGAAGAUGAGAUGUUCAAGUGAUCUUAGGAUUAUUUUAAGGAUAUCAGUUUUUAGGAUUUAGUUUUAUAUUCAUGAUAUUUAUAGCCCAAGUAGGCUUUCUUUGUACUCUUGCAGUUUUUUUUUUUUUUUAUCUUAUUUUAUGAACAUUUUUGUUUGGUAGAGUGAGUGGUCAAAAUGUUUUUGUCUGUUUUGUUUUAGAAAAUGAUGUCAGAUGAUAUUGGUGCUUAACUUUUUUUUUAUUCUUAUAUAAAGCAUGCCCAAGUGGUGGUAAUUGCUGUCUUUUUUUCCCUUGUUUAUUAAGAGGUACAAUGUACUUUAACUAUUCUUUUGUGCAAAUUGCAAUAUUCCAAUAUUUCUCCCCAUAUAUUGAAAUCAAAGAUUGUAGUUAUAUUAUAAUUAUGUUGUAAUCAUUACAUUGAGGAAUAGCUGUUGUUGGUAUAUUCUAGAUACCACUUUUAUAUACCUGUAGUUGUUGAGUGUUCUCAAACAUGGUGUAACCACUGGAUAAAUGCAAGAAUACAAACACUUUAUUUGAAUAAAUAAAUGUGAACAAAGCAAUAGACAAAGGAGAUGGGUGAUUAGGUGAGCAAAAAUGCCUAUGGUGCUGCAAAUAAGAAAGUGAAAAAUUAAAUCUCAAUUAUAUAGCAAAUUUUUUUAUGAUAUUUCAUUUGACAUUAAAGUAUAGUUUAUGAAAAAUUUUCACAUUUUGCAACAAUCUCACAAAGAUUGAAAUUAUUUUAAUGAAAUGGCAUACACACACCAAGAGGGUCAUAUCACAAACUUGAUUUUAAAUGUCUAUAUUUGUCAUGAGUUGUGUAGUGGUUAGUGUGUUAGUCUCAAAGGUGGGGAAAAAAAAGAAUAAUCAGAGUUUUAAUUCAUAGAAUAAUUUUUGCAGAGAGAACUUUCAGCAGAAAAGUUGUUUGCCUUGAUUUCAUACCUUUCAAUAUAAGAAAUUAACUCAAAAAAUUAAAUUCACAAAUUGAACAUGAUUUUUAUACUUUUUAAGCUAUAUAGGCAUUUUGCUCGCGUUGUUUGCCCUUCUCCUUUAUUUAAAUGACCAUUAAAUUUUUGUUUUUUAAGGACACUUUGUAAGCAAUAGUAAGUAUGUUGUAUACUAGUAGUGUAGCAGAAACAUUUCUCAAUUCUGGGUGUACUGUAUAAAUGUGCUACAUAAUUAUACAUUUGUUAAUAUUAAUGAUUUUUUGCAUUCAUGUUUUAAUAAAACAGUAAAUAAUUUAGAAAAACCAUAAA